UCAGAAUUGUAUGGCAGAACUAAAGACGACGACAACCAAGGGUCAUCUGAAAUUGUGAUUGGCUCUCUAGUAAUUCCAGGACAAAGUCAGAGAUCACGACUCAAGCAUAAGUUUUCCUAAGACCACUACAAAGAUGUUUGAUAUAAAGGCUUGGGCUGAGUAUGUUGUGGAAUGGGCUGCAAAGGACCCAUAUGGCUUCCUUACAACAGUGAUUUUGGCCCUUACUCCAUUGUUCCUAGCAAGUGCUGUACUAUCCCGGAAAUUGGCCAAGAUGAUUGAGGCCAGGGAAAAGGAGCAGAAGAAGAAACAAAAACGUCAAGAAAAUAUUGCAAAAGCCAAAUGACUAAAAAAGGAUUGAAGAAAAGAACAGGCUCUGAAACCAGAGGAAAAUUAUUUGGAAAAUUAUGCAGCUUUGGAGAAGGACUCAACUAAGGUUUCUUCUUUGGGUUUUGUGACCGUAUUAUAUAGUAAACAAAGUCUGACUAUAUGGAAGAAUCAUGUUAGUUAUGACCUCA